AUGUCUAUUCGCGGCCACCAUACACAGUCGAACAGCAACGACCAAAAACAAUGGCGUCAAUUCAAUUUCUUUGAUGUACAGCAGGUCAAGGAUCCAAAUGACCCGACAAAACCACCUGCAAUUUUUCUUAAUCCUGAUCUGGCAGUGAGCACCAGCGGUCGUGGCAACAUUAUCUUAGCUGAUAUCCUUGCCUUGCAUUUUAAUUGUAUAUUAUUUAAACCUGGAAAGAAUAUUAUGCUUAACAUUAAGUCAUUUAACGUUCAUCAAUCAUUUUUGGCAUAUGAAGGAGGGCGAGUGUCACAUAUGAAACAAAUGAAACAAAAAAACAUUUUGUCGACAAUUGGUGAAGAGGAUCCACCCAUUAUUAAAAUAUGGGACCUUGAUAAACAGGAUAAAUCCAAAGGAACUCCUACAUGUCAGCGUACAAUUAAAGUAAAUCAUGGUGGCAAACCUUUCCCUGUUUCGGCAUUAGCUGUUUUGGAAAACUUGGGCCAGAUUGCAGUAGGUUUAACUAAUGGUGUAGUCGUGUUGAUCAAAGGUGAUCUAUAUAGAGAUAGAUAUACGAGACAAAAAAUUAUUCAUGAAAGCGACGAACCAAUUACAGGUCUCGGUUUCAAGGAACAUAACAAAACCGUUAUCUUGUUUAUUGUCACUACUAGUAAAGUUUUGACUUAUGUAACAACUAGCAGAUCGCCCAUUACGAUCAUCGAUGAACAAGGUGCCGCUUUAGGAUGUGCAGUAAUGAGUGAUACAACUCAUGAAAUGGUUGUCGCUAAGGAUGAGGCGAUUUAUUUCUAUGAACCUGAUGGACGAGGACCUUGUUUUGCUUAUGAAGGUACCAAGUCAUCCGUGACCUGGUUCAAGUCAAAUCUCAUUAUCGUAUCACCGCCAAUCUCUCAACCAACAAGGCUUACAUCAACAACACGUUCUGCACUUUCAAUUGGUUCUGGAAGUACACCAACACAAUCCGCUCCUUAUGAACUCACAAAAGUUACUAUUUUUGACACUGCGAACAAAUUUAUUUCAUAUAUUGGAUCAUUCUCUCAUGGUGUACGGAUGAUUAUUUGCGAGUGGGGUGGUAUAUACAUUCUUGGAAUGGAAGGAAAGUUAUAUCGCCUUGAAGAAAAAGAUACUCCAACAAAGCUCGAAAUUUUGUUUAAAAAAAACUUAUAUUUGUUGGCAAUUAAUCUUGCACAUAGUCAAAAAUACGACGAUGCUGGUAUAUCUGACAUCUUUAAGAGAUACGGUGAUCAUUUAUAUAGUAAGGCAGAUUACGAUAAUGCGAUGGCACAAUACAUUUUAACCAUUGGCCAGUUAGAACCAUCGUAUAUUAUUCGAAAGUUUUUGGAUGCCCAACGUAUACAUAACCUUGUCAAUUAUCUCCAAGAGCUACAUUCCCGCGGUUUCGCUAAUGCAGAUCAUACUACUUUACUACUAAAUUGUUAUACAAAAUUAAAAGACGUGGCACGGCUAGAUCAAUUUAUUAAGACUGAUAACGAAGAACUAAAGUUUGAUGUAGAGACAGCUAUUAAAGUGUGUCGGCAAGCCGGAUAUUAUGAGCAUGCUGUAUAUUUGGCAGAGAAAUUUCAUGAACAUGAUUCAUACUUAAAAAUUCAGAUUGAAGACGUUAAGGAUUUUGAAAAUGCUUUAGAAUACAUUCGCAAGUUGGGAUCGACCGAGGCUAACCGUAAUUUGCAAAAAUAUGGAAAAAUCCUCCUUAAUCACCUUCCACAUCCUACAACUCAACUCCUUAUCGAUCUUUGCACUGGCGAUUUAUUUCUAACCACUCAACGCUCUCCUCCCUCUCCUAAAACUCAAAAUCAUAUUGAGGCAUCUAAUGUUCAACAGGCGCCUACUAACAGCACUAAACCUAUAAAAGAACGACCCGUUUCUUCUUAUAAGCCACCCCCUGUACGAAUUUUCAUGUCAUUAUUUGUUGACCAGCCAAAUUAUCUUAUUCAAUUCCUGGAGCAAGUUUCGCAUAAACGUUGGGGAGGUUUCAGUACUCCACGAAAACAAACACUUAACGUUCCAAAGAAUGUUUCAAGCAGGCCUGUUAGUGCAAGUAGUAUUGAUAUGGAUGAUGUAGUAUCAAAGUAUAGUAUUGAAAAUAAUGAUUCUGAAUCAGAAGAAAAGAAAGCUGUUUGGAAUACACUUUUAGAACUUUAUCUGUCGGAGGCCUAUCUACCACCAGUUAUAUCCGGUAAAGAUUCAAAGGGGAGAAAAUAUGGUGCUCCAGGAAAUUUUUCGGUUUCUACAGAGACUGAACGUGUUAAAGAGAAAUUGUUAAGGAAAGAUAAAGCUUUACAAUUAUUGAAAAGCCAAGAUGUCUCUUAUGAUUCAAAUCAAGCACUUGUCCUCUGUUAUUUGGCUCAGUUUGACGAAGGAAUUGUUUAUCUUUAUGAGAAAAUGAAUAUGUAUGAGGAAAUUUUAAGAUUUUAUAUGGCUAAGGAUGACACUGAAAAAGUAAUUCAGUCUCUGAAGACAUAUGGCCCACAAGAUCAGUCACUUUAUUUAUUGGCUCUGGCAUAUUUUUCCUCUUCUCCAACGACUUUGUCUACAUCUACUUCUGAGCUUCUACAAAUCCUAGACCACAUUGAUUCUCAUAACUUACUGCCGCCAUUGCAAGUUAUUCAAGCUCUUAGUAGAAAUUCUAUAGCUACUUUGGGAAUGAUCAAGGGAUACAUGGGGAAAAGAAUUGAAAGUGAAAGGAAAGAAACACAAGUUAAUCGGAGAUGUCUACCCGAGUCUGACCGUGAAUGCCCCCAAUGUGCCCAUUCACAUCGACUGAUUUCUGAUGAAAGAAGAGCACAAGAAGCUAAUGCAGAUAAGCAUGACUUAUUCUUCGAACGGUUAAAUGAAGCAGAAGACGGAUUUAGCGUUGUGGCAGACUACUUUUCGAAGAAUACAAUGGCUUUUGCUAAAUUGAUUGACUAG